CUUCUUUCCCCAGUGCCUUCCCUUUCCUUUACGCAGUGUACGGACGCCAUAACAGGAGCAGCCCUCUGCACUUCUGUUCUUGUCUUGUCUCUGGCCUAUGUACCGCCGCUUUGUGUCUCUUCCUCAUUGCUACUAGCUUAUCUCGGGAAAGCAAGUGCUCUGUGGAGACCUGUUCGAGAUUGAAACCUUCAAUUCUGUGUUUCUCAGCUUUUUCAUAUGUUGGUUGAUGAUUGAUUAGAGGGCUCUUGCAACUGCUGUAAAUCUGCAACUAUUGAUGGCCAUGGGGAUUGAUGCUGAUGGUAACAAUGGCUCUCUCAUUCUCCUCAAGCAAGGAGCUGAAGCACGGGUUUUCGAGUCGAAUUUCGUGGGAAGAAGGUGCAUAAUCAAGGAGCGCUUCUCGAAGAAGUACCGCCAUCCUUCCUUGGAUUCCAAACUCACUCUCAAGCGUCUGAAUGCGGAGGCACGAUGCAUGACGAAAGCUAGAAAACUCGGGGUCCUGACACCAGCUCUUUAUGCUGUCGACCCAGUCAUACAUACCUUAACAUUUCAAUUCGUGGAAGGCCCUUCCGUAAAGGAUAUAUUUCUUGAGUUUGGGCUUAACGGUGUUGUAGAAGAACGCCUCAAUGAUAUCGCUGCACAGAUCGGGGAUGCGAUUGGAAAACUUCAUGAUGGGGGUCUCAUCCAUGGUGAUUUGACCACUUCUAACAUGUUAAUCCAGAGUGGUACAAAUCAGCUGGUCCUUAUUGAUUUCGGCCUGAGCUUUACUUCAACUCUUCCAGAAGAUAAAGCUGUUGAUCUUUAUGUACUUGAACGAGCUCUAUUGUCGAUGCAUUCCUCUUGCGGAAAUGUGAUGGACCGGAUACUUGCAGCAUACAGGAAGUCCUCGAAACAGUGGUCGUCUACGAUGAAUAAGCUAGCUCAAGUGAGGCAAAGGGGUCGGAAGCGAACCAUGGUUGGAUGAUCUUCCGUCUUGCCUGUAAGCGGCUUAGGGAAUGUUUGUAAAAAUGACUCCUAUUUGUUUGCGAGAACUAUGUGUGAAAAGCUGUUGUACCUGUAUGUUUCUGUUUGACUAGUAUGACCAGGUAGGUGGUUUGAUUGUCGCAUGAGAAAUCAUUGACAGAACUUUCCUGGUUCAGCAAUCAGGAAUAGAAAUAGUAUAGCUUUUCGAUGAUUACGUGCUUAAUAUACAUGCGGACAUUAUUAAUUUAUUUCCCCUCAUUUUUAUUGA